GCAACGGGAGCCGGGGCCGCCGGAGUGCUGUGGGGCUGUCGCGCCGCGCCGCGCCGCGCCGCACCGCACCGCACCGCACCGCACCGCACCCUACCCUACCUUACCUUACCUUACCCUACCCUACCGCGCCUCGCCGCGGUGCCGAGCCCCGCAGAUCCUCAGGAGGACGCCCGGGGGACGCCCCCUUCAUCCCCGCGCCCAGGAGACACCUCGCCCUUAAGAAGCAGCGGCUCCUCUCCCACCGCAGGGGGACCGAAAGAUGAAGCGGCUAUCUGUCCUGCCCCAACAGUGUAUUUUGCUGAUGACAUGUCUCCUAAUGGCCUUGGAAGCUGUACCUAUAGACAUAGAUAAGACAAAAGUUAAAGGAGAAGGCCACAUAGAAGGAGAGAAGGUAGAAAGUCCAGAUACAGGACUUUAUUAUGAUGAAUAUCUCAGGCAAGUAAUAGAUGUCUUGGAAACAGAUAAGCAUUUCAGGGAGAAACUCCAGACUGCUGACAUAGAGGAAAUAAAGAGUGGAAAACUAAGCAGAGAGCUUGAUUUAGUAAGCCACCAUGUGAGAACACGGCUGGAUGAACUAAAAAGACAAGAGGUGGCAAGAUUAAGAAUGUUAAUUAAAGCUAAAAUGGAUUCUGUUCAAGACACUGGCAUAGACCAUCAGGCUCUCCUUAAACAGUUUGAGCACCUGAACCAUCAGAAUCCUGACACGUUCGAACCUAAAGACUUAGAUAUGUUGAUCAAAGCAGCUACAAGUGACCUGGAAAACUAUGAUAAGACCCGCCAUGAGGAGUUUAAGAAAUAUGAGAUGAUGAAAGAACAUGAGAGGAGAGAGUAUUUAAAAACACUGGAUGAAGAAAAGAGGCAACGAGAAGAAUCCAAAUUUGAGGAGAUGAAGAAAAAACAUGGUGAUCACCCUAAAGUUCACCAUCCUGGAAGCAAAGAUCAACUGAAAGAGGUGUGGGAAGAAGCAGAUGGACUAGAUCCGAAUGAAUUUGACCCCAAAACAUUUUUCAAAUUACACGAUGUCAAUAAUGAUGGUUUCCUAGAUGAGCAAGAAUUGGAAGCCCUAUUUACUAAAGAGCUAGAAAAAGUUUAUGAUCCCAAAAAUGAAGAGGAUGACAUGGUUGAAAUGGAAGAAGAAAGGCUAAGAAUGAGAGAACACGUAAUGAAUGAGGUUGAUAUCAACAAGGACCGGCUAGUGACUUUGGAAGAGUUCCUGCGAGCUACAGAGAAAAAAGAAUUUUUGGAGCCAGAUAGCUGGGAGACACUAGAUCAACAGCAGCUCUUCACUGAGGAGGAGCUGAAGGAAUUUGAAAGUCAUAUUUCUCAGCAGGAAGAUGAACUUAGAAAGAAGGCAGAAGAUCUUCAGAAGCAGAAGGAAGAGCUACAGAGGCAGCAUGACCAGCUUCAGGCUCAGAAACAAGAGCUUCAGCAGGUUGUAAAACAGAUGGAACAAAAGAAACUACAGCAAGGAAAUCCUCCUGCCGGACCAGCUGGAGAACUGAAAUUUCAACCCCCCGGGGAACACAAAGUUGGAGAUGCACCAAAACAUCCUGCGGGAGGUGAUCAGCCUUUACCACCAGGACAUGUCCAAGAACCAGCUGCUAGAACUGAUCAAGUUCACCCUUAACCACUUGUGCCUCAACUUUAUAGCAUCUUUAUUAUUUGGGGGGUGGGGGGCAGGAAAUCAUAGUGAAACAUGAACUCUAUACUUUCUUCCCCGGAUUGUAAAAUCAUUGGGAAUGUUAGAGAUGAAGUAUCAAUCAGAUCUGAAUCAUAAAUUAAACUAAUUUUGUCUCCAACGCAUCAGCAAGAAACAGAACAAGGGGAACAUUUAGAGGCUAUAAUGGAGGAGGGGAUUGAGGAAACUUAUUAAUACUAAAGAUUUUUAUGGCCAGGGGACUGAGCUGUUGAACUCUUCUCUUACAAAAAGGGAGGAGAUGUCUGCCAUUCUGUGUUUAGGCAUGAAUUGGAAUCUUCUCGGAGAGGAAGCAGGGAACUGGCCUGAAUGUCGUUAGGUCUAGUUUUAUGUAGAAACUCUUUCCAGAAAUGCUGAGAAGCAAAAAUGGGGAAAUGAAGACCAUUAGAUAAAGGCCUACCAUUUCCAGCACUACCAAACCCUUUCUUCUUUGAGACCAAAUAAAAAUCAAACUUCUAAUCCUUAAUCACAGAAAAUUUGCACUUUCUAAAAUCUAAACACAGCAAAGAAUUACGUGGAGCAGUGAAUAUUUUUAAUGUUUACAGAAGCCUAAGAAUUUCACUGUAAGCCUUGAAAAGGAAUACUGUACUUCUGGUGUAUUGAUCUGAACCGUCCUCCUUGUUGAGAUAAAUUCUGUAUAGCAGUUGAAUAUUCAACUGGCUCUUGGGACAGUACUUUUGUCCCUGUUUCCUUCAUCAGGUGCCAGCUGAUCUCAAAAUUUUGCAUGUUAUUAAGUAAGCUUUUUAUGUUGAUGGAAAUAUUGUGCAAAACAGAACAAGACUCAUUGUCUUUUUCUGUGCAGAUUAUCCUACCUCCUAUGAUAAUACCAGAUUUUUCAAAAUGCACCAUGUGCUUCAGAAAGCUCUUCUCAGACAUGAAUCUUUGACUUAAAGAGUCUCACUAUUAACUCUUAUUAGUCUUUCAGCAGAUGGUGUAAGUUUAUGAAGUGUCCUGAAACAGGGGUGCUAUUGAUUGUAUUAUUUUGGUAUUGAACCGGGAUAGGUCCCUAAUAUUGUAAACCAAGAUUUUACAAGAAUAAGUUGAUUUUCCUGUGGGUUUUACUAUAAUGUUGAAAAGUUGUGUAAUUGUCCUUGCUUGUUAUUCAUUUCAGACUGAAAGUAUCCUAAAGUGUAAACCCUGUUUGGGUUUUUUUGUUUGCUUAGGGUUUUGUGGUGUUUUGUUUUUUUUUUAAACAUGGAUUGUUCUGAUUGUAUAACGCUGGCUUUGAACUGAUACACACACACACACACCUUGGCAAGCAUCCUUUGCAUUUCCUUCCUGUUCUGUGGCUAACUGCUGACAGUAUCAUUAAGGGAGAUCAUUUGGGUUUUGAGCAAAGAAACAGAAGGCAAUUACUAACAUUUUGUAUUGACAUUUGGGAAGUUUCUCACUCUAAAGAACUUUGAUUGAUAGAAGCUAGGCACAUUCCUUCCAUGUUUAAGGCUUCUUUCAUCAGGCCUGAGCAUAUUCUUGUUCUCCACACAAUAUAAUAGAACUCACUGCCAGAACAGAUUAGGUUUCCCUAUCUGUUUCAUCUUGUUAGCUGUCAUGUCACAUUUCCUUCAUUUAUACCACUCAAACAAUUGGACUUCUUUUACUUUUUUUUUUUUGUUCUCUAUGCAAGUCAUUAACAUUUUAAUUUAGUUUCCCAAACCAUUGUCUCCACUGUUUGUCAUUUCCAUGCAAUUCUAACGUCAGUUUGAUUAUGUCUUUGUCAGGAGACUAAAAUACCUUUCAACAACUUCAUCCGUUUGCUGAGAGGCCCAGGCAUAGUUAGAGCUACAUCCAGACUAAUAGCGUUUCUCAGUGCACAGCCCUGGCUUUGGGGUUGUAGCCUGAUAAUGGAUAACAGAGCAAGGAGGGAAACAAAGAGGGAAUUAUUUAAGUGUCAUGGAAAAGGUGAGGGGAAUUUUUUUUUGUGUUCUCCCCAUCCCACAUGAAGGUUUACAGAGGACAAAUGAUACAGCCCCAGAUGUUUGUAGAGAAUCAAGGACUGAAACCUUUGGUGUGAAGGCAUUUCUACCAUACAAAUCAUUCCUUCAGGCUACGUCUGCCUCCUAACAAAUGUCAUUAUAUGUAAUGACAUGCUUUGUAAUGUAAUGCUCAAGCUUCAGCUUCAGUGCAACUGCUUCCAAUUUGAUGAUAAGAUCCUGACUCUCCCUGCUGUUGGAGAUGGGCAUUAUAUCCCCUUAUUCCGUUUACUUUGAAACAUCCAGAGUUUUGUAAAGAACUGUUGUAACAUGGGUGCUGAGCUCAGCUUCUGCUCGCUGCAGUGUAGUGAGUGUCGGUGACUGAGGAAGCCGCUUGUGAGAAGCCAGAGAUUUCACUUGUCAUUUCAUCGUGAGUUAGCAUUAGCAAAAGUUCCUCAUUUUGCAUUUCAACUAGGCACUGAGGUGCGUUCAGCAUAAAAUGGUGCACAUCUUUCCUUCAAUUGCUAUCUGAUACCUAAAUGUUGUUCUUAUCAGUGUUAAUUUAAUUAGUAGGCUUGCAGUUUAGCAAUAUACAACAGAUUUUCUGUUCUUUUUUUAGAAGUGGAGACAGGCAGUUUUUUAAACCUUAGAAUUGGUGAUUGGGUUUAUCUCUAACAAUAAUCAAGGUUUAGUCAAACUGACAAUUAUUUGCCCUAAAUUAUGUGGAAGUCAGAGCCUCGGUCCUCAUAAUGCUUAAGUUAUCGAAUUCCUACUGAACCCAUCUUAAGUUUGUUGCCUAAAUGUUUUUUAAAUGAGAGCACAAAUUAGAACUUCAUGCUUUUCCACCCAAUUCAGAAAUCUCAUAUGCAUGGGUACCUGUGUCACAUGUCCACAAAGAUAAUGAGGACUUAGUGGAUGUUCUUUCAAAAGAUGACCUGUCAGGUCUGGUUUAUCAACAGACUGUAUUCACCCAAUACUGUCUAUCUCAUUCUCCUCUGUAGAGGAAGGCCUGAAGUUCUUCAGGCCCAGGCUAAAAGAGGUCUCCAUCUGAGUGUAAUAAAGUCGCCAAACUUAUUUUUGUGGAUCAAUUCUGAAGUGUGGUUUAAGUAAGAGUUAUCUCACUGUGAGGAACAUCUGCCUUAGAGGUUAUGCAAUGUGCUGAAGUCAUGCUUACACAUGAAAUGUUUAGCAGAUUUGUUGCUUUUUAAUGUGUGUGUUGUUUUCGAUGCUGAUGUCUUCUUUUAAUUGGGUUCUCUCUUCCAUAAAAGAGACUAAAAGUAUUAGCCACUAAAAGCAUGUUUCUGCCAUGGUACUGAUUUCUCAGGAGCUUUUUAAAGUUGAAAAAAAAAUUAUUAAACUAAGCUUAUAGCUAAGUGAGGAAGUAGAAAGCUAUAAUCACGGAUAAAUAAAGGACUGGAAUAUCACGGGCACCAGUGCUUUCACCUGUACUCUGCUUUUCAUUUAGGAGAUGAUGACAAGAAAACUGAAUGUAACUUCAUACAGACACCAGUUCCAAGACAAAGAUGCAGAGAUUUGGUUUUGUACUUGGCUGGGGUUUUGGUAGGAGGAUGAAGGGGUCAGAUUUGGUCAAUGUUGUACAAAUUCAUAUCCUCCAGUGCAAUAUAUGUAGGGAAAAAAAAAAAGCCCCACUCUGGACUUUGUAUAGAUUAGUUUUUAACUGGAUUAAACUGAAACUCAGUGCA